AUGGGGAAGAAGUGUGAUUUAUGUGGUGGUGUUGCGAGAAUGUACUGCGAAUCAGAUGAAGCGAGUCUGUGCUGGGACUGUGACGGUAAAGUUCACGGCGCUAAUUUCCUCGUCGCUAAACACACGCGAUGUCUUCUCUGCUCCGCUUGCCAGUCCCUAACGCCGUGGAAAGCCACUGGCAUCCGUCUCGCUCCAACCUUCUCCGUCUGCGAUUCAUGCGUCGCUCUUAAAAACGCUUCCGGUGGUACUGACCGGAUCUUAUCGGAGAUCGACGGAGAAGAUCGUCUCAGAGAGGAUGAAGAAGACGGGGCCGAGAGAUCUGAUGGCCAAGAGGAAAAUCGACAACGAGAGAGAAAAUUUUGGGAUGAGAUCGGAAGUUCUUCAGGUCAAGUGUCAAACUAUUCUCGGCCGUUGAAACGACUGUUAAGAGAAGAACAAGCGUUUAAAUCAACGGCUGUGAAUUAA